AUGCCGUCUUCAUUACUGCACAGUCAUGCAAAACCGAGAGGCGGACCAAACUCAAUUGUAGAUCGCUCGUACAAUAACUACGAGGCCAACAUGUCUCGCCGUCAAACGAAAUCGUCGUCGCCUCCAAGCCCACCGGUGGGGACCCAAACCGCUCCAUCGACAUCUCUUCGACAGGGCGUUAUCCCAGAUCCGCAGACGGCAUCCCAGCUCCAGAAAUCCUCUCGUCUGGCUUUCCCAUUCUUUGCAUUCUCCCUCGUCCUCCCUUCCAUUCUCUUCCGCCUACUGCCCAGCACCUAUGUAUUAACCUUUCCAUUAGUUCUCAAAUACGUUCUUUAUGGUGCAGUAGGCUGGUACAUUGCACUGAGCCUUCGCCUUCCUUUUCAGUUUCUCGAGAAAAAAGUCAACCCAAAUGCUGUGGGAGGUGGAACGCUAGUGACUUUGGCUUCUGGAAUUUGUGAAGAGAUUGUCAGAGGGGUACUGUUACAUAGAUGGCCUGGCGGUGCGACAUAUGGGAUGGCGUAUUCAGUGGGUCUCGGUUGGGCGGCAGCGGAAUGCCUUGGCUCUGUUGGACGGUUGGCAGCUCGAAUGAACCUCUACUAUCGCCAAGACGAACGUGCAAUAUUUGCCAAAAAUCAGUUGGCGAUUAUGGAAGGACGCACCGCCUUUGAGGUUUCUCCGUGGUCGGAAGUUGUUGCGAGCUUUGGCUCCACCCUAUUGCAUGUUGGCCUGACCAUUUUCGUCGGAUCUGGUCUCGAAGUGACGUUUCCGUUAGCCAUCGUUCAUUCUGUUGCCUUGUUUAUCGGUGUUAAGAUGUUUACGCCGAUGGGAACUAUUCCAACAGCCGCCACAUCCCUUACUGCUGGAAUUAUGACGUUUGCUGCUUCCUUAUAUAUUGCAGCGGCAUAUCAGUCGCAGCAGCUGGGACCAGUGCGGUCUGGCCCCAUAGCUGCUGAACCACCCGUCGUACCAAUGGAUUGGGAAGAUUAGGCGAUCUGGUGGAUAUUUCAUGUAUACUAUAGACCACAAUAUCAGCACUCUUUUUGAACAAGAUGGACAAGAUCUGGGGUAUACAAGGUCAUCUUUACACAUGACGAAAAUAAAAGGGGAAAACUAUCAUACAAAUCAAAGCAAAGUCUACAAAAGAAAAAAACAAAAC